AUGUCGGCGGAAGCAAUAAAGGGGAGAGCGGAUGGGGGUAUGCAUAAGAUUAGCAUUGAGUACGUGUGGGCGAACGUGUGUUACUGUGCGCACACUCUACACUGCUCCCAUCCCAGCCACCUCGUUCUCUCCGCCUCUUCUUCCCUCUUUCCUCUUCCUUCGUCUUCUUCUGCAAAAUCGAAUCUCAACACUCUCAAUCUCUCAACCUUUAACACAUUUUCCAUUAUUACUUUUACUAUUAUUUUUUCUAUUCUGAAAGCGGUGCUUGUGUUGCUGCCAAUGUUACCAGCACUGAAAGAGUUUUGAAAUUUUAGUUAGUUGGUGGUCAAACUUUUGUUCUGCGUUUCAUCGAGUAUGGUUUGUUUUGUUGUUUCUUUCAAUUCCUUCAGCCAGAUGAUUAAACAAACAUGACUUUUCCUGAUGGUCGAAACUCUCCCAAGCAAGCCUAGAUGAAAAUAUGAAACCUGUACAUAUGUGUAUCACUAAUAUUUUUCUAUUCUUUGUGGCAACAAGCUUACUGUAGAUCUCUCAAAAUGGUAACAAUUUGUUUGUGUGUUGUAAACUUUAUUAAAUUAGAAACUACUAAUUAAUUUUGUUGAUAGUGAGGUAGAAUAUGGAAAAUGGUAUAUUAUACGUUAGAUUGUGUGCUGAUAGUACCAAAUCAUUACACCAUCUCAAAUAGCCAUGAUAUUGAUUUUGCUACUAAUAUUGGUUUUAGUAACACUAGGCAAUGAGUUGGUAGCUCGUGACCUUGAGGCAGGUUUAUCAUUAUCCUAGUAGAGAGUACAUAAAAUUUGUCUUGUUUUAGAAAACUAUGUUCCUAUCUGCUGGCUGUAGUACAUAUUUAUAUUUUUGUUUAUCAAUGUUGCAUGCAUUUAUAAUCACAUUUUGUUGGGGUGUAGC